UUUAAACAUCAGGAGAGAGCCCGGAGAGUUCGGUAAACGCAGCUGAUGACCAGAUGUGGACAGGUGAGCAGCUUCAGGAUUGGGAGAAGUAGAUUUGAACCCUGGCUGAGGGCAAUGCUGUGAAGGUAGGAAGUAGCUCCCAAGUCUGUCUCAGCCAGAACACUGAGGGGUUGAAUGCCGUGCUAGUAAUCUAACAUUAAUCCUGCGGGGGAGAGUCUCUAGAAUGUUUUUCUAGAGCAAUACAUUGAGGAACCGAUUGGAAAAUAGGCUUGGACGUGCUGGUGGACUUGUUCAAGCAGCCAAAGUGACUACGAUGGAUCUGACUGUGACUCGGAAAGCUGCCAUCUCCUGGUUCACCACAACUCAAGCUGCGAAGCUGGUGAGAGGUGGCAUGAUCCCAGACUGGUUCCACGGCAUCAUCACACGGAGAGAAGCUGAAGAAUUGCUGAAGAAUAAAUCUCAGGGCUGUUUCCUUAUCCGUGUUGGUGAGAGUCGGAUUGGAUUUAGCCUCUCAUACAGAGGAUUUGAUCGAUGCCGUCAUUUCAUCAUUGAUGUAACGACAAGCGGACAGUACAACAUCACAGGACAGUCAAUAUUCCACAACUCACUGCAGGAUUUGGUCAAUUACCACACGCAAUUUCCUAUUGACCCCUACAAUGAAUGCCUGACUGUGCCUUGUCGACAGCUGAGCCAGUCCACUGUCCAUUAUGAAGAGCUGUGUCUUUUUGUUCCCACAAAGGAGGUACAGAGCUCACCAACUCCUCACUCAAGUUUCUCAAGCUCUAAUCUAGAGCCCUCAGACAUUGCUCCUGACAGGUGGACUGCUAGCCUAUCGACACAAGAGUCCAGUGGCCCUCGAUUACCCCCAAGGGGAAAUGGUCAAAAGCUGCCUCCUCUUCCACUUCCACGUCGAGUAGUCACUGAUUCGAAACCAACACCAGAGACUAGAACCUCCUCUGGUGGUCAGCCUCCUCUGCUGCCAGCGAAGAGACUUUACCCACCAUUCAGCCAGCUGACUGCCUUGUCCACGGAGCAGGAUCCUCUACCUGCCGUAACUGCUUCUGAUCCCCGGAGUCAAAGGAAUCAGCCCAGUAGCUCUGAAAUAACAAUGUGCCAUUCAAAUUCUGAAUUUAAGCAUCAAGCCAAUGAUAACCUCAACAGCAUACAAUCUAACCCCGUCCCUCCCCAGAGACAGCCCACUGAUCACCCAAACCCCAGACCCAUCCCUCCCCAGAGACAGCUCAUUGAUCAUCCAAACCCCAGGCCCAUCCCUCCCCAGAGACAGCUCAUUGAUCAUCCAAACCCUGGGCCCAUCCCUCCCCAGAGACAGCCCAUUGAUCAUCCAAACCCCAGGCCCAUCCCUCCCCAGAGACAGCUCAUUGAUCAUCCAAACGCCGGGCCCAUCCCUCCCCAGAGACAGCUCAUUGAUCAUCCAAACCCUGGGCCCAUCCCUCCCCAGAGACAGCCCAUUGAUCAUCCAAACCCCACGCCCAUCCCUCCCCAGAGACAGCCCAUUGAUCAUCCAAACCCCAGGCCCAUCCCUCCCCAGAGACAGCUCAUCGAUCAUCCAAACCCUGGGCCCAUCCCUCCCCAGAGACAGCCCAUUGAUCAUCCAAACCCCAGGCCCAUCCCUCCCCAGAGACAGCUCAUUGAUCAUCCAAACCCCGGGCCCAUCCCUCCCCAGAGACAGCCCAUUGAUCACCCAAACCCCAGGCCCAUCCCUCCUCAGAGACAGCCCAUUGAUCACCCAAACCCCAGGCCCAUCCCUCCCCAGAGACAGCCCACUGAUCAUCCAAACCCCAGGCCCAUCCCUCCCCAGAGACAGCCCACUGAUCAUAUGACUGACACGAAAUAUACAGGUGAAUCCACUUCAAAUAUGAGUCACUCUGACCUGCUUUUCCCAGCUCUGAACAACUCCCAUCACUCUCCCAAAUGUGGUCAGUCCUUAUCACAGGGUCAGUUCAUGCCCCACAGACACACAAUCUGUUCAAGGCAGUUUGAUGAGAAGGAGACAGUGGAAGGUGGUCAGUUGCCGACUGAGGGAGAGGUAAGAGAACAGGAAAGUGACAGCUUUGAUCUACCUAUAGAAUAUAUGACUCCUCCUCCAUAUGCUCCUGGAUAUUAACCCAACCAAAAGAUUGUGAAGAUGUAAUGUUACUGAUAAAAGAUGUCUGCCAUUACAAAGAACAAAGAAAAUUACAGCACAGGCCCUUUGGCCCUCCAAGCCUGCACCAAUCCAGAUCCACUAUCUAAACCUGUCGCCUAUUUUCCAAGGAUCUGAAUCCCUCUGCUCCCUGUCCAUUCAUGUGUCUGUCUAGAUACAUCUUAAAUGAUGCUAUCAAGCCUGCCUCUAGCACCUCUGCCGGCAAUACGUUACAGGCACCCACAACACUGUGCAUAUCUCCCUUAAAUUUUUCCCCUCUCACCUUGAAAUUGUGACCCCUAGGAAUUGAGUCCCCCACUCUGGAAAAAAGCUCCUUGCUAUCCACCCUGUCUAUACCUCUCAUGUUUUUGUAGACCUCAAUCAGUACCCCCCUCAACCUCUGUCUUUCUAACGUAAAUAAUCCUUAUCUACUCAACAUCUCUCAUUGCUAGCUCCCUCCACACCAGGCAGCAUCCUGAUGAACCUCCUCUGCACCUUCUCCAAAGCAUCCACAUCCUUUUGGUAAUGUGGCGACCAGAACUGUACGCAGUAUUCCGAAUGUUUGAAAAUUGUUAAAAUUGUUUGAGUCAGUCCCGAAACAAAUAGUGGAUUAUUGUAAUUCACCAUUUGCUUGCCUCCCACCUGCUGUCUUAUCUCCCUCUUGAAAAGAGCCUGGGGACAGGUCCCCCUGACCUGGUGAAAUCUAAAAUAAAAACAGAAUGUGCUAGAGAAUUUCUGGCAGCAUCUGUGGGAAGAACAUCAGAGUGAAUGUUUCCAGUCCCAUACGAGUCUUCAGUAUUUUGCUUUUAUCUGGUGAAGGGCAAGAGCUGAGAUUGGAGUUGGAUCCGCUGGGAUUUCUAUUUUAUAAAUCCAUGAGUUUCAGAUGGAUGGGAAGUUCCAACUAUCCGCACUAUUAAAUGUGAUGAUAAAUAUGACAAUUCAAUGUUUCCACUUAAAAAUAAAGUUGUCAUUUGUGAGUCCAUCAA